AUGAUGAAGUUUACUAAUGCUGUGUGUGAGACUUAUAAUCAAACCUGGGUAUCCAUCGAGCAGUGCCGUUUGCGAGCCAUUCGCCGUAAUAAGACAGUCCUGAAUAUUGAUCUCACCGUCCAUUAUCCAGCUCAUCAUAUCCAAGUGAAAUUUGACUGGCUCAAGAAGGCUAGUGGGUAUAAGCCUUGGCUAUUUGCUGCUACCAUAGAUGCCUGUGCUUUUAUGCGAAAACCUAACAAUCCAGUGGCUAAAAUGCUACACAAUUUUUUCCGAAAUGCCUCUACAGUCAAUCAUACAUGUCCAUAUAUGGGUCUGCAACAGGUUAAGAAUUUCUAUGUGAAACCUGAGCAGAUGCUUAUUCCUUUGCCCACCGGUGAAUAUGCUAUAUUUCUAACUUGGAUAUUCUCGGGGGUACCUCAAUUUGUCACAAAUGUCUAUUUCACAUUUUUGGAGGAUCUGCUAAAGCAAUGAGAAAAGUCCUAAUCAGCAAAUAAUACAUUCAAAUAGUGUAAA